AUGCCAAUGAAGACGAAGAAUCCGGAUUCGAUCCGGGAAGAUGAGUGUUUGUUCGCCGUUGAAUACGACGGUCCGCCGUUAUCUUACGAUAUCCCUCGCGCUGUUCCGAUUAACAUGGAGAGAAUCCCCGUGGCCGCCGUGGUUUCUCCGGUUUGUAUCUCCGAUAACAUGUCGUUUCCUGUGAUUCAGCCGAUUAUGUCUGUGGAUUCGCUGAGCAAGAAGUUUCUGAGAGAUAUGGUGGUUGUUCCUUCCUCGGUAUCUCCGACCUCUGUGAUCGGCAAUUGCGGAACCAGUGACCUCGAAUUGGUCUCCGAUUCCACCACUGUUUCGCCCACUUCCGUCAUCGUCUUCGAGGAGCAGACGGAGGAAGAAGGCGGCGCGGACUGUGAGCUGAGCAGCUCGAACUGCGAAUUAUCCGGCGAGCUAUCUGAAGAACCGGUUCAUCAUCAGGAGUUGAGAACUCUAGAUUUCUGUGAUAGUUUCGAGCAAUCUAGGGUUAGUUCAGUGAGGUCAAAGGAAGAGAAAGAGAGCUUAGAUUUGAACGAAUCGUCUAACCCUUUACCAGAUUGGGAAUCUAAUGAAUCAGUCGUGAGUAUGGAUUAUCCAUCUUCAAGGGUCACCGGAGAUUGCGUCAGUGAAACAAACGGAGAUAGCAAGAAGCAACCAGUUGUUACUUUCUUAGGUAUCGCUUCCGAUGAUGGUGGCUUUGAGGAAGAAGACUGUAACCAGAAGCGGGUUCGGGUUGUUCCGGUUAAGAAACAGCCUCAAACCAAAGGGAAGAAAGGUUCUUGUUACAGGUGUUUCAAAGGAAGCCGGUUUACGGAGAAGGAAGUGUGUCUUGUGUGUGAUGCCAAGUACUGUAGCAGCUGCGUUCUAAGAGCUAUGGGUUCUAUGCCUGAAGGAAGGAAAUGCGUUACCUGCAUCGGGUUUCCGAUCGACGAGUCGAAGCGAGGGUGUUUAGGGAAAUGCUCUAGGAUGCUUAAGAGGCUGCUCAAUGAUUUGGAGGUGAAACAGAUAAUGAAGACUGAGAGGUUCUGUGAAGCUAACCAGUUACCGGCUGAGUAUGUGUAUGUAAAUGGACAGCCUUUGUAUCCUGAAGAGCUCGUUACACUUCAGACUUGCUCUAAUCCUCCAAAGAAGCUAAAACCAGGGGACUAUUGGUAUGAUAAAGUUUCUGGACUUUGGGGAAAGGAAGGAGAGAAGCCUUAUCAGAUAAUUAGCCCUCAUCUGAAUGUUGGAGGUCCUAUUAGUGCAGAAGCUAGCAACGGAAACACUCAAGUGUUCAUAAACGGUCGCGAGAUUACAAAAGUGGAGCUAAGAAUGCUGCAGUUGGCAGGAGUUCAAUGUGCAGGUAACCCUCAUUUUUGGGUGAACGAGGAUGGAUCGUAUCAAGAAGAAGGACAAAAGAAUACUAAGGGAUACAUAUGGGGCAAGGCUGGGACCAAGUUACUCUGUGCUGUAUUGUCACUUCCUGUUCCAUCCAAAUCUAUUUCGAAUGCCUCUGGGGAACUACUCCACAGUGCAAACAGCAGAAGCAUAUUGGACCACCUUGAGCAUAGGACACUGCAAAAGAUUCUUUUGGUUGGAAGCAGAGGUUCUGGAACUAGCACAAUAUUCAAGCAGGCAAAGAUCCUUUACAAGGACAUACCAUUCUUGGAGGAUGAGCGUGAAAAUAUAAAGGUGAUUAUUCAAACGAAUGUCUAUGGUUAUCUCGGUAUGCUUCUUGAGGGCCGUGAACGGUUUGAAGAAGAGGCUCUUGGUGUCACGAACACAAAACAGCCUGCCAUUGAAGAUAGUCCUGCAGAUGAAGGAGAUACUAAAGGCAACAUCAAAACCUUGUACUCCAUUGGCCCAAGGCUUAAAGCAUUUUCCGACUGGCUAUUAAAGACUAUGGCUGCUGGAAACCUCGGUGUCAUUUUCCCUGCAGCUACUCGUGAGUAUGCUCCACUGGUUGAAGAGCUAUGGAGAGAUACAGCGAUCCAAGCUACAUACAAGCGGAGAAGCGAGCUAGGUCUCCUUCCCAGUGUCGCUAGCUACUUCUUGGAACGGGCUAUCGACGUAUUGACACCAGACUACGAGCCAUCGGAUUUGGAUAUAUUGUAUGCAGAGGGAGUCACUUCGUCCAGUGGUCUAGCUUGUCUUGACUUCUCAUUCCCACAAACUGCAGCUGAAGAGAAUCUUGAUCCUUCUGAUCAUCUUGACUCUUUGCUCAGGUACCAGUUAAUAAGAGUGCCAUCGAGAGGACUCGGCGAAAACUGCAAAUGGAUAGAUAUGUUUGAAGACGUUGGGAUGGUUGUGUUCGUUGUUUCGAUGAGCGACUACGACCAGGUCUCAGAAGACGGAACCAACAAGAUGUUACUCACCAAGAAACUCUUCGAGAGCAUCAUCACUCAUCCCAUCUUUGAGCACAUGGACUUCCUCUUGAUACUCAACAAGUACGAUCUCUUGGAAGAGAAAGUCGAGCGCGUUCCCCUGACGCGAUGCGAGUGGUUCCAAGACUUCAACCCUGUGGUCAGUCGCCACCGGUCCAACAACGGUAACCCAACUUUGGGUCAGCUCGCGUUCCAUUACAUGGCGGUCAAGUUCAAGCGGUUCUACUCUUCCUUGACCGGUAAAAAGCUGUUUGUUUCUUCGAGCAAGAGCUUGGAACCGAACAGUGUUGAUUCUUCGCUGAAGCUAGCUAUGGAGAUUCUGAAAUGGAGUGAGGAGAGAACAAACAUUUGCUUGAGUGAUUACUCUAUGUACAGCAAUGAGCCAAGUUCCUUCUCAAAUUGA